AUGGCUCGGUUGAAUGACUACCCGGCUCCUGCUGAAUCCAUUGAUGCCUUGAAACGACGAUUUGUGCGACAAAACCGUGAGAUCGCAAGGGUGAAUUCCUUGCAGUCUCUUCGUAUUCGGAGCCUAGAGUCAGAGGUAUCGCAUCUGCUUUCGGAGAAUGUGUCGCUUCGAAAACAGGUUAUCAAUCUCACCCAGGAAACCGAAAGACUGGAAGCAGGGAAGCUGCUGCACAAUGGAAUCUACGACAUCAAAUCCAAAUUGGAUGCCAAACUAGCCGAGUUGAGCAAUUUGGCAGCAGAUUUGGGCUCCUUACCCCGAAAGGUGGGCAAGCUUUGUGACCAAGAGUUUGAUCGUCCCAAGCAAGCAGAGUCGAGACCGAGGACAGAAGAAAUGGUGGGAGGCGAAGAUGGAAGGCUUCCUGCUAUCGUUGAGGACAAAUAUUACCCUCGGCGGACUUUGGAGCCCCAAGAGCUCGACAGCCUGUCUCACAGCGAUCACAGCAUUUUAGAUUCUCCCCCGCAAUUCAGCUUUAUGCCCGGGGAAGGAGAUGCAUCCAUCGAACAUUCAAGUCCAUCGCCACCAGAAUCAAUAUUCAGGAGUCAAAUUAACAACGACAUGCCCGAGGAACCCGAGUCUUUACUUCCACCGACUCUCGAGACACGCAGAAAGAAAAAGAAGUCCAGUUCGAUUAUUGCGCCUGAGAUUAGCCCCGCGCCAACAGGCCGGCAACCAAGCCCACCUGUUGAUACAAGACAACACGCAGUAUCGGGCUCAACGAAACGCAAAUACAUACCCGAAGACGAUGACCAGUUCACGUCCAAUCUUAAUGUCGAUGACGAUGAAUUCCAAUUCACCCGGCCCACUCAGAGCCCAAAAAGGCAAACGAAUCCAUUCGAAGAUACACAGCGAAGCCAAUCGCCCACCAAGAGCCAUGUUGAAUUAACAAGAGGUUCAAAACCCCCGGUACUGUCGAUGCGGAAGGUCCUCGAACCAAAAAGUGCGAAUUCCAAUCUAGGCUCCCCAAAGAAGGCUCGCAUGUCCUCAUACCAGGACUCUAAGCUUCUACAAAGCUCUACGAAGGGUGAUGAAAAUAAGAAUUCGCCACAGAAAGUCAAGGAUGUCGAAAAUAUUGGUGGGAAGACUGUCACCCAAAAGCCGCGUCUGGCCAGAAUCGCCCCUUCAAGCAAAGAAAAACGCAGCAGCCGCCCUGCCCCUCCCCAGCUGGAAGAGUCAGCUUCACACCAGCCAGCACUAUCACCUCACCCGAAUGCAAUGAAUACAGAAGGAGAGUCUGCGACUCGCCCUUCCCGACGUCGUGGAGCUGUGGUUAGCUAUGCAGAGCCUAACCUACGGGACAAGAUGCGCCGUCCUACCAAGGAAAUGAUCGAUGCUGUUGCACUUGGAUCACGAAGGUCUUCCAGUUUCCAGGCAGGUCGGGAAAGUUUGGACGGCGGAGAGGGUGGCCACACCCAGCCUCAUGGCAGUCUCCCUGCUGAUUUCACUCUUGCCACCCAGAGCUCGGAUCUGUUCUCCGUGGAUGGAUCUUCAGAACAGCUGCUAGCAAUGGUCUCCCGGAGAAAGCGUAAGGUGUCGUCGGCUCCAAAGGACGACAACAACUCCGGGGACCCAAGCUCUAAUAUCAAAAAAGAAAUCGAGGACAGUCUCGCAGAUAUCUCUGCCCAAGUAUCUCAAGAAUCAUUGGGUUCGAGGCGUCAGACUCGACGUCACUCGUCAAACCCCAGAAGUACAACCGCAAACAUGGCACAAUACGAGGUCGACCAGGCUGAACUACAAUCUCCAAUCGGCGACCCUCUAGAAGAUGAAGACUCAUUUGGACCAGGACCAAACGGUUCUACAAUGGACUUGAGUCAAGUCAGACGUGGCCAACGCGUUGCUGCAAGGAGAAAAAGCAUGAUGGUGUGA